UUCCUAGAGAAAAACAUAAUAAAACCCUCGACUGAUAAUGAACUGACACAUGACAAUAGAUGUAAGAUGAUUAGUAGAUAUUUGGUAUCUGUCCUCUAGCAAUAAUCAAACUGUAUGUUUUUAUUUUCAUUACACGGUAACAUGUGUGAAAAAUAAGAAAAAUGGUUAAAAUUAAAGAUGCUGCCCUUGCUUACAAAAUCUUGAAUGGAUUGAUUUGCGUUUAUAAGCCUGCCUGCGUGUCUAUACGUCAAGUGCAGCAUACAAUUUUAACUAACCUAUGCAGAGAUCUCAAUGACCUGCCAGAUAGGCCUAGAGAAAAAAGGGUCGAGAUUGUGGGCGCCACCACCGCUCCUAUGGAAGUUAAGUUACUUCCAAACUUCGCAGAUGAUCCAUUAGUUUGUGGGCCCCGAUAUAUACAAAAAGACUUUCGGUGCAGCUGGGCGACACACUUAGGUCUCUUCAGUAGUGGAGUUUUGUUAUUAGGCAUCAAUGAUGGAACCAAGCUAACUUACCUUUUAAACACAGCAAGACUAACAAGAGCCUUUAAAGUUCAAGGCCAGCUUGGAAAAGCAACUGAUACUUACUUUUGGAAUGGAAGAACAAUGGAGAGAUCCACAAUUGGUCAUGUCACUCGUGAAAAGAUCGAUAGGAUUGUAGCAAAUAUGCAAGCAGCUCACCAGAAGACUAUGUAUGAGUUAUCUGGACUUCACAUAGACUCUCAGACUACAUAUGAAAUGGCGUCACAAGGUCUGAUCAGACCAGCAAACAACAAACUACCUGUUGUAUAUGGGAUUAAAUGUAUACAUUUUGAUCCACCUAAUUUUACCCUGGAAGUGCAAUCCGUAAAUGAAUAUGACAAAUAUCUUUGGACACUAGUUCAUGAUUUAGGUGUGCAGUUAAAAUCGACGGCUUAUUGUACUGGGGUCCAGUGUAUCAGACAUGGCAAAUUUGACAUUUCAUUAGCACUGUUGCGGAAGCAUUGGAAGCUAGAACAUAUUAUAAACAACAUGGAUGAAUGUCGCCAAUUACUUGAAGACAAUGAAAAUUUAUUGAAACCAAAAUCAGCAGCAUUAACUGCUUAAACUUGAUAAUAUAUAGAAACUAAUAUUAAAUUAAGUUAGCUUCCGAGUGACAAAAUCUUAACACCAAUGCACUUAUGAUAAACAAUACUUUAUUUAUAUGCUUUGUUAAACUAAUAAUAUAAAAUCUUAGUUAACAUCAUAUCUGCUUAAACAAUAUAAUAAACAA